AUGGCGUCCUCCGAUGCCACCGCCGUUCUGCGCGAACUUCAACAGACAAAUGAAAACUGGGUAAGCAUGCUUUGCGUGGACUGCGGCUCUAGAAAUCCGCAGUGGGCCUCCGUCACGUACGGUAUCUUCUUGUGCCUGGAGUGUUCAGGUGUGCACCGCGGGUUGGGUGUGCACAUCAGCUUCGUCAGGUACAAGUGGGAAUCUUUCAGGUCAGUUGGGAUGGAUUCUUGGUCGCCAAUCCAACUUAAAAAAAUGCAAGCUGGUGGAAACGCCAAUUUGAAUGAUUUCCUGAAGGAUAAAGGCAUCGCCAAAAAUAUAGAUCCAAAAAUAAAGUACAACUCACUCGCUGCAAAAGAAUAUAAGGACAAGGUGCAGGCUGUUGCAGAGGGACGUUUGUGGACUGAACACGACAGGACUACAAAAGCAACAUGCGUUGAUUCAACCUCACCAGCAGUGAGGGAACCUUUUCCGAAAGAUUUUUGUCAUCGGAAUGAUUAUGCUUCAUCUCGGAUUGCCCAAGGGCGCCGGCCCCAGACUAGUCCGCGGUGCGAAGACGUCAAAUAUGUUGGCUUUGGCAACAGGGGGGUAUCUCCGCGUCGAGUCGAAGGAUCGCAUGUUCUCCUCGGUCAUCUCUCUGGAGGAAUGAACAUGCUUACUCAACAUUUUGAGCGAGUUUCCUUGCAGGCGGGGCGCCUUGUUGAGGAUGCGGUGCCCGAACAGUUGGUCGACAUCGAACAGCUCAAGGAACGAGCUGCUUCAGCUGCGCAAGCAUCUAUUGGUUUUGGCCGGCGAACUUGGUCGGGAUUAAGAGACGUGUUGCAAUCUACGAUAGAACGAAUGGGCGUGCCAUCAGAACAGGAUCAACAUGCAGCCUCCGAGGUCACAAAUGAGCUGGUUGAAGGGAAUGCGAGCUACACUUCAAAAGAAGAAAGUGCUCGCCCGCACAAAUCUGGAACUGGAUCCGACACCCACGACUCCUUUCUGCAUUUCAAUAUCAAGGCGCAAAAUUCAGCAGACGGUGUCCACUCGCGUAGCAGCCUCAAAUGCGUGGGACAGAUGUCGUCUGAAGGCUUGAGCGCAGUCCCAAAGGGUGCUGCUCCCGAAGCGACAUCAGGUAUUUCAAGCAGCGGACCUUAUGAAUGGAAAACUUUUGAAGACGACGCAUGGGGGGACAACGAGUGGGGGAAAUAAAUAAUAAGCAGAGUUUCUUGAGUUUCUUUCUUUCCUUCAAAAGCUGUACGAAGAUCUCGUUGGAUGAGUUUCAAACUAUACGUUUCGCACGCUCCUGAUGUUCUGCUUACAGCGCGUUGAAAACAGUUUUCCUCCAUGAGUCAUGCUGACUGGCCAAUUAUGCAUAAAGCUCUUACAUUUACAAUAACCCAUGAGAUUAGAUUGAAUUAGCGUCAUAAUUUGGUUUCAUCAGAGAAAGGACGAAAAUCACGAAGGGAGCGAUCUGCUCUAUUUUUGACAAUUGGCAGGAUUUGUGGUACAAAGCUCUCGAAGAUUGUUUGCGUCACUCCCAAGUGCGUCACUGGAUUUAGGUCCGGUGAUGGACGCUGCUGAAAUAAGAUUAGCAGCAGCCACGUCGUAUUUCCGCAUGUAAGCAGCAGCUGCACCCUUACAGUGAAGAAGCUUCGCCAGCAACUCAAGGGACCCAUUUUUCUGCAAAGCGUCUCCUUUGCCAAAUGCCGUUGUCAUGUCAUCAACUCCAAACGCGUGCUUAACAACCAAAGAGAAGUCACCAAGUGGAAUGUUCUUGCAAGGCUCAACACUUGUUAUAUGAUUGAACAGAAUAUUCAGAGCACAUUGGCAGUCACGAUGAGCAGAGCAGUA